GAGAAAACUUUUGAAACUAUUAUAUAACUGGUGAUAUUAAAAAGUCGUUUGGCGGAUAGAAUGAUUGGUAUCUGGCAUAAUCACGAGAAUACAGUCGCAAUGAGCGGCGGCCCACGCCGUGGGCGAUAGUAUAGCGCUAACCCGCGCCGGCUCCCGUCCCCGCACGCACGUCCACACAAUUCCUUAUCAACCAUGGUGCGCGACAAGAAAUCUCCGCACAAGACAGACUCCCAAAAAUCCAGUACCAAUUUAGUCGGUAAAUUUACACAAAGCGUACGCCGGAUCGUUCAAGAUGUCAAGGACGAGGGCACUUCCAGCGGCCAGACUAAGGAAGAGGUAAUUGAGACGAAUGAAAGACUCCGUGUGGUCAGAGUCCGUCUCGAUGAAAACUACGACACUGCGAAGAAAGCUCUAAUAAUACUUAUGACGCGAUACAAUGAGUCCAAGGCUGAAAGAAACGUAUUCACGCGGUACGCUCUACUCAAGGCAAUGAUCAAGGAUGUCAUCCGACUAGAGACUCAGUACUGGUCUCUUGUAGAAAUUCCGAAGCAAGAAAAGGCGGAGACGGUACCUGCGUUCGUACUGCGAGCCUGCGCUAUCAUGGAAAAGACACAAAAAUCUGGUGAGGGUGUCAAGACGUCUUCUAAGCUUGCUGAAGAAGCUGCCGAUAGAAGGGAACGAAUAGAACGACUGAAUGAUAUGACGACAUCUCAAAUAGAGACUGAGAACACGCAAAUGACAAAUGAUUUGUAUCGUUUGCUUAAGAAGUACUCGGGCUUAAGGAAUCUUAUCAGAGAGCUUAAGUCAGAGUACAUGAGCUCGAAGAUUUACCCGAUGUUUCCGCGGUACACGAUGCUAAAGGACAUGAUAAAGGAUAUAAUGCACGACCCCGACUACAUGGAGGUAUGCCACGAGGUGGACCCUUAGCGCGGUGUGCGCAAAUAAAUGAGGACCUCCUUCACCGACCGUUCGCGGUCGAGACGUCGCUAGCUGAGUUAUCCUCGGAAUCCCUCUGAGGAUACAGGUUGAAAUUUCUUUGCCAAUUUCGGAUUAAGCGCGAUAUAUGUUUGUCAGCUUUAUUGCAGAUAUUUUCAUCAUGGUAUUUUUUUCUCAUUAAAGUUAAAUAUUUUAAGUACCAACGCGUCUCGCAAACUUAGUUUGCACAGCUUUUAAAAAAUCAUCUAAACGUAGCAUCGUGCUUAUCCUGUUAACGUAUGGACAUGUGGUUUACUUUGCAUUACUAAGCCUUCAACGCAGAAUUGACAUAUAUCUUUCGUUAUGAAUUAUAAUAUCAAAACUCCAUUUGUUUAAAUGAUAGCAAUAAGACUCGUGAUAUUUGCAAUCAAUUUAAGGACGGAGUAAUCCAUUAUAAUGUUUUUGAGUUCAAUAAAAUAUUAUUUUUAAUUUUUCACUCCUUCCUGAACUUUCCUCUGCCCAAGCUGACUAUUUAAUAAGAUCAUCGGAUGAGGAAAAAUGGUGAAAGAUGGAAAAACAUAUUGUGUUGCUAGCGUCGUGUAGUGUGACGAGUACUCGUUUAUUUUGCGCUACACUAUUUAUUGGACAUUAUUUGUUAAUUAUGUGAUUAAUGUAAGUUAGAUAAAUAUAGUAUGUAAGUACUCGUCCUUUUUUGUUCCUUUUUUCUUAUACCUCAAAAUUUUUUAUGAUUACCUUUGCUUGAUUAUAAAAUGUCUAACUUCAUAAAACAAUCAUUAUUAACAAAAGACACAUAUCCAACUGGGACAAAAAUAAUUAAAUUUAAGGAAAAGCGCAUGCUAAAUGUUAACACGUCACUGUAAUGUAAUUGUUUCAAUAAACAUCCAUGUAUAAGAUAGUCGUUUAUAAAAUAUAAUUAU